CUUUUAAAGUUUAUUUAUAAAUUAGAUAUGAUUUUUUCAAAUGUAUUUCAUUAUUUAUGAAUGAAAUCGAUGUUAGUAAUCUCAAAAUCGUACAGUAAAAUGCAUAGAAAGUAUAUUUACCUAAUUGUUUUAUAAUCAAAUGUUAUCAAUUUCUAAAAUUAUAUGCUCAAUGUGUGUACUGUAAAUAAUGGAUUUACCUAUGCUUGUAACUUUUAUUUUGUUGUGCUUGCUGUCUUCAUCGAAAUGUACUGAAGAAUGCCCGAAAAAUUGCGUUUGUAAGCAUAGCACGCAUAGGGAAGGACCGGAUUGGAUCAAAGUUCGUUGCGGUGAUACUGUACCUGUUAGUUAUUUAGAAGAAUUGGAUUUAUUGAAUAUAGCCAGUGAAAUCGUUCAACUGAAUUUAUCACGUAACCAUUUAACUACCUUUACCCCAAAGAUACAGUUUCUAGCUUUACAAAAAUUAGAUCUUAGUAAAAACAGGCUUACAGCUUUAUAUAAUAAUCAAUUCAUCGAAGUGCCAAAUUUAAGAAGACUUGACAUAUCUGGAAAUAACAUAAAUCAUAUUGAAUUAUUAGCAUUUGCAACUUUAAAUCAAUUAGAACGGAUUAAAUUGAACCAAAACUACAUCAACACAAUCGAAAAGGGUACAUUCAAGUUUUUAGAAGCACUAAAGCAACUGGACAUAUCUGAUAACCCAUUGACGUGUAAUUGUGAGCUGCUAUGGCUGCUGGAAUGGGCGCAAAAAGCUUCAGUAAAAUUGAUCUCAAAUCCGCGCUGCAGCUCGCCGUCAACUUUUAAAGGCAUUCCUUUGCGCAAGCUACAAAUUGGUAUCGAUAUACACUGCAAGUCUCCUGCGGGCAGUAGAGAAUUGCCACUGCUUGAUCUUGUACCAAAUCACAAUCAAGUCCUUUUUGAAGGGGACUCCGUGGAGAUAUCGUGCAGAACACCUACCAUAUUUGAAAGCUUUGAUGCGGCAGAUGUACAGAAUAAUCUGUAUUGGGUGUGGUCAGAUUUGGACGUUACCAAACAUUUCAGUAACGUCCACAUUGAAAAUCAUUACUCUGUUGAAAGUGGGCUGCUGUCCAGUACUUUAAAAAUAUCAUCGAUAACUCAUAAUCAAGGGGGAAUGUGGAAUUGUAAGCUAAGUUCAAAUAAUUAUUCCCAGGGGGUCGGACUGAUCGUAAUAUCGGAAAAAACAAAAUUUUGUUCUAUAAUGAAAACGGACAAUAAUAAAGGCUCAUACAUAUGGCCACAGACUGUGGUAAAUAAUACAGUUCAUCUGCCUUGUAAUUUGAUUCAAACCAAUAGAGAAAUAGUGCAACAGAAGGCCUCAUAUUUCUGCUCAAUAUCCGGUGAAUGGAAAAAUUUGAAUACAUCAUUAUGUGCCUAUGUUUCCGAAGUGACGAAAAUACUUGAGCAAUUUUCGAAAGCAAAUUUAACAAAGGAGAAUGCAUUUGAGAGCAUAAAACAUUUGAAGAAUUACACUUUUAACUUGAAGACUUUUAAAGACAUCACAGAUUUGGAGUUUAUAAUACAAACCUUGGAGAAGUAUCUAAAUUUAUUACCUGAAGAAAAAGAACUCCCAAGUCUCAUGAUGGAUAUUUUGAAUCAUCUGUUGUAUUUGUCGAAGAUGUAUUUGGAGGAAUCCGAAAUUGUUUAUAACACCUCAUCAAAAAUUAUCGAUCUUAUAGAAACGAUCGCGAGUUAUGUGACAGUACCAAUUUUACACAGAUCUAAUGUUGCCGUUGAAGAAUUCUCUGUAAAGCAAGAACUAUUUGUUGGAUUAACAUGCACAUGGUAUACAAACUUGUUUAACAACACUGACAGAUUAUUUUACUGUAUCACAUCCAAUCAACCUGUGCUUUCCGGAAUGGAAGAUCGCGUAGUCGAAGCAUCAAUUCAAAUACCGGCCUCCUUAUUCUAUCAAUUACAACAGCAGGAUAUCGUGUUGGAUCAUAGUAUGCAAAAAUUGCUAAUUGUCAUGUUGAGUAACAGCAAGCUGUUUCAUUUGGACGAUAUCUAUACGGAUCGUGAUCUUACGUCUGGGAUUGUAGGAGUUAAGUUAGGAAACCUAUUAGUUACGAAUCUAACCGAUCCCAUAUAUGUAAUGCUACGUACGCCACCUAAGAUGAUUUUUGACGCUAUUUCAGUUACUCCAGUCUGGUGGAACGUACAUGGCGCCACUGGUAGAGGAAAUUGGUCAUCGAGCGGGUGCGAGCUCAGUCACGAGGUGCAAGAUAGCAUAGUCUUCCAUUGUAACCAGUUAGGGUAUUACGGACUUUUGCAGAAUAUAUCGCACUCGAGUCCAGUAAAAGUAGGUGCCAAAUUUCGAUUGUCACAUCCAGCAAUAUAUGUAGGUAGUCUUAUUUUAUUUCUCUCACUGUUUUUAGUCAUACUGUCGUACUGCGUGUGCUAUAUGUCAAUUCAAAUGCCUAAAAAGGCAAAACACUCCCUAAUUAAUAUGUGGAUAGCUGUGGUCUUGCUACUUUUUGUAUACGUAUUCGGUAUUUACCAAACCGAGGAUGUUCAACUGUGUCAAAUAAUUGGAGUUAUCUUACACUAUCUCACUCUAUGUUCGCUUUUUUGGAUGUGUGUCGGUUUAACUUCGAUGUAUAAACGUUUAAAUAGGAAUGAAAUAACAGAGUUGCAAGAUGACGAAUUGCCAUCGGAUCAGCCUAUUCAGAAACCAAUCUUAGGCCUAUAUCUUAUCGGAUGGGGGAUUGCCUUAAUUGUAUGUGGAAUAUCUGGUGCCGUAAAUAUGAAAGAUUAUGCGGCCCAAACACACUGCUUUUUAAGUUCAACGCCCUCUCUCAGUGCUUUGGUUGUACCGGUGAUUGUGUUGCUUCUAAUUUUGAGUGCCUUAUUUUUGUUGAUACGUUGCGCGAUAUAUAGCUCAGAUGUAAAUGGCCAUUUGAGUGAAGGUACUCAAGUGACAGAAAAUGUUGAUUUAGAUAUGUUAGAGCCGAGCUUUCCUAAUCCCGAUCAUACUAGCAUUAGAAGUAGUUCCACCAAAACCAGAUCCAGUGAAAUUGAAGAUGCCGAACAUAUACCCUCAACGCAACUAAAGGCUUACUUUAUAUUUUUAAUCAUUUACUUACUUUCGUGGUUCAGUUGUGCCUUGGCAACAGUAAAGCCGUUUGCAUUUCAAUACGAAGAAGAUAUUUUUAGCGUUAUUUAUGCGAUAUUUGCGACUGCACUCGGUGCAUUUACAUUAUUUUUUUACUGUGUAGCUAGAAGUGAUCUACGUACUCAAUGGUUACUAUUAAGAAACUAUUUUAAGAAGAGAACGGUAUGUUUUCGAUCGCGUAAUAUAUCGGACACUGCUCAAAAUCUUCCACACAUUCAAAUUCAACCCGGCUGCACGCCGACGGUCGCUAAUGCCGACGUUCGCGCAACAUCCAGAUCAAGUAGUCGAAGUUCAAGUCACACGAAAUCCAACUCGAACAAUAGCAACGUGCUCAAAGCGGCCAUUAAUUUAAACACUGUUAAUACGGAAGAGCCGCUUGGUGCAAGAGUAAACAACGUAAAUCUAGUGGUAUUGCAUAGACAGCAAUACAGAACCAAUGCGGUUAUACCCAACUUAAUCGAAAAUCCCGCGACUUCCGCGCAAGUAUUUUACAACCCUUAUCAAAGCACAGUUGCUAGGAGAUUUUUUAAAAAGCAGCGCCAGCACAUGAUGAAACGAAACAAUUUAAAUAUGCAGAAAUGCGUCGGCCAAAGCGAAAGCACGUCCGCGGUAUCACUAAAACCUAUAACUGACAAUUCCAGCAUAGAUCAAAGCAUAUUCGGCACAAACUCCAAAGUUAACAACACGAAUAUACACGUCGAGCAUGUUCGUAAAACGAAACAGAAAAAUCUUAACGUUUUAUCCGAUAGCCAUGACGAAAUCAGCCUAAAUAAUGUGCCUAUAGAGAAGUUGAUGAUGAAUGCGGAACGAUUGCGUAAACGCGAGUUGAAUCGACCGAGGAUUAGAAAAAAACAAAAUUUACCGAAUAAGAUCGAAAAUAAAGAUCACGUCGAAGAAAAUAAUAUGCGUUCCGUUUCGCAACAGUGUAGUUUAGAUUAUAGUUCCGACUCUACCUCACUUUUGGAUAAAAGUUUAAGUUUCGAUAAGACCCCUGCCAUUCAUAAUUCAGAAACAGUGUCUGGCAAAAACCGAUCCAGAAAGCAGCAAUUGUUUAAAAAUAACAAAAUCAUUUCUCCGUGUGAGGAGCCGUCUGAUUUAAGUUUAAGUGUAAUUGAGUCCACGUUUAGCGAGUUUAGUGAGCCAGUUCCAAAAAUAUAUGUGAAUCCCACUCACGAUUUUCUGUUUCCUAAAAGAGUACAAAGUAGAGCUAGUAGCGUUUCUACCAGCGAAUUAGACGAAUUAUAUCAACAAAUUAGGAGAGGCACAGAGUCGCGACAUAAAUGUAAUGAUGGCAGCCACCCGUCGCGGUUUCAGAAUUGUAGAUUGAGAUUGUCUGAUCCUGAAAUUAACUUUAGCUUUAGUGAUUUAAAAAAUCGAUCUCAUGUGUCGUUUAGUAUUGAUAAUAUAAGUGAUAAUGUAGAAACUGUUGUGUAAUACCUAAGUAUAUAGUAUUUAUUUUUUAUCGUAAGGCUUUAAUGUUGUACAUAUUGUUUUAUAAAAGAUUAUAUUCUUAGCUUUUUAUAUUUUGACAAAAAUCUAUUUAAUUAAAUUGUAAGAAAGAUCGAGUUCGUUUAACUGUUUGCAUUGCAUUGUGGAGAUAUAGUCAUAGUGUAUCAUGUC